AUGUCUUCGCCAACUCAAGAUGCCUUGACCGUACCGCCGUCACCACAUCGACCGAGUAUUCCGACAAGAGCAGUCACCGCUCCUCAACUUGCAGCCGCUCUUGAGAAGGAGUUCAAACCCGAUGGCACUGAGAAAAAGAAGCAUACAGACUUCCAAACGGAAAGAUACUCAUCAUCAUCCUCAUCCGACAAGGACGAUCUCGACGAUCUCGGUCCAGAAUCAACAAGUGAAUCUACCUCCCCAUCGCCCAGCAGCAACCCUCCCUCCCGCUGGCUCAACCCCUUCCACCCCUCCAACCUCCCCACGCCCGCCGCAUGGCAAACCUACUUCCUCCAAGAAGUCGCCGGCGACACCUACCUCGAGCUCCAACUCCUCCUCAUGACCCUCGCCACCGGCAUGCUCGACUCCAUGACCUUCACGACCUACCGCGUCUUCGCCUCGAAACAAACCGGCAACACGCUCUUCCUGGCCCUCUACGCCUUCCGCCUCCCGGCGCUCCCCCCAAACUUCGAACAAAACGUCGGCGUCUCCAUCGGCGUCUUCAUCCUCGGCGCCGCCUUCUUCGGCCACCUCGGCCACAUCUCGCGCCAACGCCGCCGCGUCUGGCUGCUCACCUCCAACGCCUUCCAAGCCCUCCUGAUGCUCUCCGCCGCCGCCAUCCGCUACUUCGUCUCGCGCUCCCCGACGGGCCCGGGAGCCCUCGCCAUCCUCUCCCUCCUCGCCUUCUCCGCCUCCGGCCAGAUCGCCAACGCCCUCAACGUCGCCAUGCCGGAGCUCAACACCACCAUGGUCACCGGUGCGCUCAUCCAGCUCUGCACCGACCGCAAGAUCUUCGCCCUGCACAACGUCAAACGGAACCGUCGCCUGGCGUUUUUCUGCGCCAUGCUCUGUGGGUGCUUCAUCGGCGCGAGUAUUGUCAGGUAUCGGAGUCCGAGCGCCGUGUUGGUUGUGUGCGCGGCGACGAAGGGGGCGAUUUUUUUGAGUUUCUUUUGUAAUCGCGGGAUGGUCGAGAGGAGGCGGGUGUUGGAGGAUGGGGCUUGUAAGACGGAGGGGGCGGUGACGCCGGUUAGUCGGGUGCUUUGGGGGGAUUAA